UCCAUGGUGGAGACAUAAAACUAUGGCAUAGUCUUCUUUAUAUGGUGUACAUACAUGGGGAGCGUCCCCAGGGUUUGACUAUAAUUCCUCAGAGUUUCCCUUAUAGGACUGGCUGGACAAUGGCCCAGAACAAGCUAUUCAACAAGAUCCUCAAAGCCCUGCAGUCUGACCGGCUUGCCCGCUUGGCCAAUGAAGGGGCUUGUAAUGAGCCAGUGCUGCGCCGUGUUGCUGUGGACAAGUGUGCAAGGAGAGUGCGGCAGGCUCUGGCAAGUGUGAGCUGGGACACCAAGCUGAUCCAGUGGCUGCACACCACCCUCGUGGAGACCUUGAGUCUGCCCAUGCUGGCAGCCUACCUGGAUGCUUUGCAGACACUGAAGGGGAAGGUAAGGCUGUGAUUGGUGUCUGCCCUGUCCUAGGGAUAGCCAGAGUCUCCUGUGGGUUCAGGAUGUGGGGUUGGGCAGGGUAAUUAUCUGGUCGGUCUGGGGUGCAUGGUCAAAACUAACGGGUUUGGUAUUAAAAUUGGGAGACAGGGUAUCAUUUCACAUUUGUGUCUGGUGUAAACGUUUUCAGCCCUCCUAGCUCCAGGAUGAGGUACGGGGCCUGAAAACCAGACUAUAUGUUUAGCCUUUCUAGCCUUGCAGCUUGUGGUUGAAGUCAUGGCUGAAUUGAAUUAUUAUGAAGUUGAUGAAGGGUUUACCAGGGAAGAGCUUGUUGAGAAAGGUGACA